AUGGGCCGAAUGAAACGUCAAAGAGCCUUUUCGCUGCGUACUCAGCUCUUCAAUAAGCAGCUGCACGAUAAGUUUCAGCAGGAUUACGAGGUUGAAGAAGGACAAGACGAAUUUGGUCAGGAUUUUGAGGAAGUCCCUCGCAGCGCCUUGAUGGUUGAAAUGGCAAGCCGAUUCGUAGAUUGGGUUUUACGAAGAAACAGAAACCAACAUACAAAAGCUGGGCGACUGAUACCGGUUAGUUUGGACCAUUCAGAUGCAGUAUUUCACGAGUUCACCGGGGACUACGGAGAUAAACUAAUUGACGAAAGAAGUCAAAGACCGUACCGCAAUAACAUCAUCACAUCGUCGCGUUAUACAAUAUACACCUUCCUGCCGCGACAACUGUAUGCUCAAUUUUCAAGAUUGGCAAACUCAUAUUUUCUUUUGGUCGCAAUUCUACAAAUGAUCCCAGGCUGGUCCACAACGGGAACUUACACAACUAUCAUUCCUCUCUUAAUUUUCAUGAGCAUUUCUAUGUGUCGAGAAGCUUGGGACGAUUUUCGUAGACACAAGCUCGAUCGCGAAGAAAACAACAAGCCUGUGAAAGUUCUGGUUAAGGAUCAUGAUUUCAAUGGGCAAUCGACUGGGUCUAAUCGCGAUCUGGCCAGUACCGGAAGUAUUUACUCUCUCCCACAAUGGGAGCAGAGUGCCACUUCGACGAGCGCGCUCAACGCUGUGCCGUCAAGCUCCCCAGAGAGCGAAAGCUUCAGAUCCUCCACUACCAUGCCAUUCACAAACUGGGAUGCUUUGAAGCGAGCCUUUGGCGUUUCGGUUGUUGAAAAGCAGUGGAAGCAGCUUCGGGUGGGGGACUUUGUGCUUCUGAAUCAGGAUGAUUGGGUGCCGGCGGAUCUGUUACUUCUGACUUGUGAUGGAGAAAAUAGCGACUGUUUUGUAGAAACAAUGGCACUUGACGGGGAAACGAAUCUGAAAAACAAACAGCCUUUGAGGGAAGUUAGCGAUCAGAUGGAUACGGUCGCUGGUUUGGCUGAGUUCAAGGCCAGGAUCAAUGUAGAGGAUCCUAACCUUGACUUGCAUAAUUUCGAGGGUAACUUGGAGUUGCUCGAUCAGCAAAGAAAAAUCACCAUUGGUCCUGACAAUAUUAUUUAUCGGGGAAGCAUCAUAAGAAAUACCCAAAAUGCCGUCGGAAUGGUAAUUUUCACAGGGGAGGAAACCAAAAUACGCAUGAAUGCCAUAAAAAACCCAAGAAUUAAGGCUCCGAAACUUCAAAAGGCCAUCAACCUUAUUGUUUUGUUCAUGGUCCUUGUGGUUGCUUUGAUGGCACUACUUUCAUUCUUGGCCCAAAGAAUUUUGAAAAAGAAGUGGAUUGACAACAACGAUGCUUGGUAUUUGCUGCAGCAAGAUGCGGGCGUUGCUCCCACUGUAAUGUCAUUCAUUAUCAUGUACAAUACGUUGAUUCCACUAUCUCUGUAUGUCACGAUGGAAAUUAUUAAAGCUAUGCAGAGCAAGCUAAUGGAGUGGGACAUAGACAUGUAUCAUGCUCCUUCCAAUACUCCAUGCGAGUCUCGUACCGCAACAAUUCUUGAAGAACUGGGUCAAGUCUCGUACAUUUUCAGUGACAAAACAGGAACGCUCACCGACAACAAGAUGGUCUUUAGGGCACUUUCAAUCUGUGGCACCUCUUGGGUUCAUGACAUAGAUCAAACUACAAAUGCAAUGGGCGUCACAGAAUCAAAUGAAAGCGGAAAUAUUGACGUCGUGUCUGUUGACGAUAAAAGCUUUCUCAAAAACUUCACAAAUACAGCUUUUGAUCUUUCUAGGAAAACCUCAGUUGAAUACAAAGGCAACAGCUCAGCUACUUAUACGGGUAGACCGAGCAUGGCAUCUCGUAUUCGAAUCAGUGAAGAUAGGCGUAAUAGCGCCUCUGGCGAGGGCAAAUCAAACAGGAUGAAAAAGCCUAUAGCAAAUGAUGAACUCAGGUCUUCUCAUGAGCUCAUUGAAUACAUUCAGCGACAGCCUCACACAUACUACAGCAAAAAAGCUAAAUUUUUUAUCAUGGCACUAGCUCUUUGUCAUUCGUGUUUACCUCGAAAGGCGUCUAACGUGGAUGAGGAGGAUGCCGUUGAAUAUCAGGCGUCUUCUCCAGACGAGCUAGCAUUGGUCACUGCUGCCAGGGAUAUGGGCUACGCGGUCUUGAAUCGAAACGGCACAGUCCUGACAAUAAAGUCAUAUCCCUCUGGAUUUGAAGGCAACCCAUUGAUAGAAGAUUAUGAGAUCUUGCACUACAUCGACUUUACUUCUGAUCGCAAAAGAAUGUCAGUUUUGGUUCGUAUGCCGCAAGAGCCGGAGCGAGUACUUUUGAUCUGUAAGGGUGCUGACAAUGUGAUUCUCGAGCGCCUCCACAAUAGCAAUCUUGCUAGUCAGAAAAUAAUGGAGUUACAGGAAUCUACCAAUGAGCGGAAGACUGCAGAAGCAGACAUCAUAUUAAAACAAAGACAAUCGCUGGAGUCAGCAGUUCGUGUAAGACCCAAAACAUCUUUGAGGCGGAAGUCUUCUCAAAGAACAAGCGUAAGAUUAUCUUUACAAGCGGCAAGAAAGAGUCUCUCCAGAAAGAGCUUAUCCAGAAAAAGCAUGGGAAGCGGUGAUCCAGAGGUUCAAAUCAAUUCCAUCGAUGACUUCUUAAACGAUGUCGAACGAGCCGAUAAUGAGGUGCAUGAUGUAUAUUUCAAAAGUCGCAAGUCAAUUCAGAAGCAGCAGAAAGAGCGCUACAAGUCAAAUGUUCAAAACUCAGCUGGAUCUGGGUCCACUGACCUCUCUUCUGACUUCCUAGCCACGACUCCGCCUGACAUUACUCAAGACUUGAGCAAUAAUGAUCUUGAGUCUUAUAUUGGUGACCAAACACUACUCGAAAAUGAGGGAUAUGUUUUGGAGCGAUCUUUACAAGCAAUAGAUGAGUUUUCUACCAACGGGCUUCGGACACUUCUUUACAGUUACAAAUGGAUAGAUGCUCAAACUUACGAAACUUGGUCAAAUGAGUACAAUGCUGCCAAAACAUCUUUGGAGCGAAGAAAGGAAAAAAUGCAAUCUGUCGGUGAAAUGAUAGAAACUUCGAUGAAUUUAUUGGGUGUAACUGCAAUCGAAGACAAACUGCAAGAAGGUGUUGCCGACGCCAUCAACAAAAUCAGAAGGGCAGGAAUAAAAAUGUGGAUGUUGACUGGUGAUAAACGCGAAACAGCAAUCAACAUUGGAUAUUCCUGCAAUUUGAUUCACGAUUAUUCGACGGUGGUGAUUCUGUCGGCUGAGGACGAAAAUAUGUCCUCCAAACUGACCGCUUUAACUCAAGAAAUUGAAAGAGGGAAUGUUGCGCACUGUGUUGUAGUAAUCGAUGGCUCAACAUUGGCCACAUUUGAAGCAAACCCCACUUUGAUGUCCGUGUUUGUAGAGCUUUGCACCAAGACCGAUUCUGUCAUUUGUUGUAGAGCUUCGCCUUCACAGAAAGCUUUGAUGGUGUCCAAUAUAAGGAAGACCGAUAAGAAUUUAGUGACCUUAGCAAUCGGUGAUGGGGCUAAUGAUAUUGCCAUGAUUCAGUCUGCUGACAUUGGUGUUGGUAUUGCUGGGAAAGAAGGACUUCAGGCAUCUAGGUCAUCGGAUUACUCGAUCGGCCAGUUUAGAUUUCUUCUCAAACUACUGUUGGUACACGGACGUUACAACUAUGUUCGCACAUCCAAAUUUGUUCUUUGUACCUUUUACAAGGAACUUCUCUUUUACAUUACUCAAAUGAUCUACCAAAGACAUACACUGUUUUCUGGAACAUCACUGUAUGAGCCCUGGUCUCUCUCGAUGUUCAACACACUUUUUACAUCCCUCCCUGUUUUAUGCAUCGGGAUGUUCGAAAAAGACUUGAAGCCAAUGACACUGUUGGCUAUUCCAGAGCUGUACUCUUCGGGUCGUUUGUCUGAGAGUUUCAACCUUAGAGUCUUUCUGUUUUGGAUGUUUGAGGCAGCGUUGAACUCGGUGGUGAUAUCUUUCCUGAAUUGGAAGAUCUGGGCAGUAUCCUCGCUUUCAGACAAUACAAUUUACCCUAUUGGUGUCAUCAACUUCACCGCAAUUGUGACGCUGGUAAACAUGAAAUGUCAAUUAUUGGAAACUCACAAUCGGAACUUUUUGGCGUUCGGCUCUUUGAUAAUUUCUGUGGGCGGAUGGCUGGUGUGGUGCUGUUUGCUUCCAGGCAUUUACUCGCAAGAUGGACCUUAUGAUGUUUUGGUUGGCCUAUACCACCAGUUUGGCGACGACGUAACUUUCUGGUGCUCUUGCCUCGUCUUGAUUUUGCUGCCUCUCAUUAUUGAUAUUGUUAUCAAAGCUCUAAAGAUCAUGUUAAAGCCAUCGAACUCUGAUGUCUUCAUGGAGCUCGAGCAAAAAGAUGAGGUGCGUAAGAAAUUGGAGAUGAAAGCUUAUAACGAGCUUAAACAAGGCUGGACUUGGGACAGGGACCCCAGCUCUUUUUCAAGAUACACGGAUAAAGUUUUGAAUCGACAUGAAGAAGUUAGUAAUUCCGAUGCCGGUGUCAAAACGAGAUCGAGAACAAAGACUUUACCUGGUGCUACUGAAACGCUCACAGGUCCACCAAACAAAGCUGGGAUAAGAAACGCGGCAACAUUCAAUACUGAGGAAUACGAAAUGCUCCCAAGCGGUAAGCUAAUAAAGCGGCAUAAAGCUGGCACAAACCAAGAUAGUGGUUCUGGGGCUUUGAGCCAAAAAAUCAGCAAGAAGCUGAGAUUCAAAAUCAAAAGGCAAGAUGAUGAAGACGUGGACGCGAUCAUUGCAGAGCGUUUGAGAGAUUUAGAAUAA